GAUUGUCAAUUUGUUUUCGUUAAGUUGCCAGCUGAGAUAAAAAGUUGCGUGAAUUGGUGUGAAUUUCUUUUGAUUUUUACAAUUUUAUUUGCAAAAAACAAUGCUAAGUCGCUGUUCUAGGACAUUCACCGUAGCUCAACAGUUUCGGAGAUUGCAGAGCACAUUGGUAAUUGCUGAGCACAAUGACAAGGUUCUCACUCCAAUCACGGGAAAUGCCGUAACGGCUGCCCAGCAACUUGGAGGCGAUGUCACGGUCCUCGUGGCUGGUUCCCAGUGUGGACCUGUUGCUGAGGCUGCUGCCAAACUCUCAGGGAUCUCCCGGGUCCUCCUGGCUGACAGUGAUGCCUUCAAGGGAUACGUCCCUGAAGCCCUGACACCGCUCGUCUUGGCCGCUCAGAAUCAGUUCAAAUUCAGUCACAUCGUGGCUGGAGCUUCAGCCUUCGGGAAGAGCCUUGCUCCCCGGAUUGCUGCCAAGCUCGAUGUCUCCCCCAUUUCGGAAGUCAUCGGCAUUAAAUCUCCCGACACAUUCGUCCGGACGAUUUACGCAGGAAAUGCCGUCCUGACGCUCAAAGCCAAGGAUCCAGUCAAAGUGCUCACGAUCCGCUCCACAAAUUUCCCCCUGGCCACUGAAGGGGGCAGUGCAGCUGUCGAGAAGGCUCCCGAGGGCAAUUACAAGACAGACCUGACCACCUUCGUGAGCCAGGAACUCACAAAGUCCGACCGCCCAGAGUUGACCAGUGCAAAGAUUAUCAUUUCCGGAGGACGUGGCCUGAAGUCCGGGGACAACUUCAAGCUACUCUACGACCUCGCUGAUAAAUUUGGGGCUGCCGUGGGGGCUUCCCGGGCGGCUGUUGAUGCUGGAUACGUACCGAAUGAUCUCCAAAUUGGACAGACGGGAAAAAUCGUCGCUCCGGAACUCUAUAUUGCUGUUGGAAUAUCAGGAGCUAUUCAGCAUCUUGCUGGUAUGAAAGAUAGCAAAACAAUUGUGGCGAUCAACAAAGAUCCCGAAGCACCAAUUUUCCAAGUAGCCGAUUAUGGCCUUGUGGCUGACCUCUUCAAGGCCGUUCCCGAAAUGACAGGAAAGUUGUAAUAAAAAAUAAAUAAAUAAAAAUGAGAGAGGGACUAAAAACCAUUUUGUUAAAAAAAGAAUUAGUAAUUUUUGAAAAUAAUAAAAUUGGAAACGAAUUGCAUUUAUCGGAAAAAAG